AUGUGUAGGUUAGGUUGGUCUGAGAAACUGGCAUCGGUGGAUUUUAUUUUGCUCUCUUUUUUUGUCUAUUUUUUUGCAUUAUUUUUAUCGCUUUGAACGUGUUGUCGUACAAUGUCACGUAUGAUUUUUACUUAAAUAGUGAUUAUUUAAGCAGAACAUAUUGAAAUAUUUUGUAUUUAUACUGGUAUACAAAAUGUAGCAACUAUCACUUAUAUAUGUAUUUGUCCAAUUGUAUAUAUUUCAAAACGUAAAGAUAUAAAUAUAUGUUCAAAAGUGAUAUUAACAAAGUACAUGUAUAUUGUAGUUUUAAAUUGCAAGGUUUGUUUCUUUUAAUAAGCAUGAUUGUGCUAAAACUAGAUUUAUGUUAUUAUUAAUAAUGUCACACAUAAAUAUUUAUCUUGUAAUUUAUUAACAGCUGCAUGGAUCUUGUAUUUUUGCGAAUUCAUAAAGUAUGAAUAAAUGAAAUUAUGUUGUUGACAAAAAACAAAAUAUAUAUAUAUAUAUAAUUAUGAUACUAUAUAAUAAAAUAUGAUAUUUCUUUAAUUAAAAAUACUAGUGGAGCAAUAGCAAAGACUUAUCACCAGAAUCUACUGUGGUGCUGAUACGGCAUGUUAAAAUAAGGCAAGUUAACGAGGGAGAUGAGCCACAAUAUUGCAGGCAUGCCACCCUUCGCAAGGAUGCCUUUGGGGGGUAUGGGUAUGGGUGUGAAUAUGGGUCCUAGUGCCCCACAUCCUGAAUCUUCUGCUCACCCUCAUCCUCCACCACCACCACCGACCGGUGCCAAUCCAAAAAAGAAAAGACGUACAAAUGCAAAUGUUGCUCAACCACCUCCGCAACAACCUCCAAUAGUGCAGGAUUUACUACCUCCACCUUUAACUGGCUAUGGGGACACGAUAGUAGCGAGUAACCCUUUCGACGAUACACCGCCACAAACUACACAAACGCCAAUGAUGCAUGGUGGACCACCCCAUAUGCAUCCUCAUCACCCACAUCAUAUGAGUGGGCCACCUAUGAGAGGCAUGAGCCCUUUAACUUCUAUAGGUGGAAUGAGUCCUAUGAUGCCUCACAACAUGGGAAGUAUGAGUCCAAUGGGAAAUUCACCUAUGACAAAUCACAUGAACCAUAUGGGAGCAAUGUCUCCUAUGAAUCAUGCACCAAUCGGUGGUAUGAGUCCAAUGAAUAAUAUGGGACCUAGUAUGCCACCUGGUCCGAUGAAUACUAUGAACAAUCAUAUGAAUAUGAGUCACAUGGGUAAUUCUCAGCUUAGUGGUCCACCUAUGGGUAGUCCAAUGAAUAACAUGAACAGCGGCCCAAUGGGUAGUCCAAUGAAUAACAUGGGACAUAGCAUGGGAAGCCCUAUGGGUGGUCCAUUAGGAUCUCCUAUGAAUACAAUGGGUGGGUCAAAUCACAUGCCUAAUGGACCAAUGAAUAUGAACAAUAUUAAUAGCCAUAUACCACCCAAUAGCCCACUAAACGGGCCGUCUAUAAACAGUGUAAACAGUCCGUUGGGACAUAACGGAUCUCAACCACAUCCGAAUCAUAUGGGAAAUAAUCUUAAUAACUUAGGAAGGCCCAUGAAUGGACCUAUGACGACCAUGAGUUCUAUGGUAUCCAACAACAUGAACAUGAGUGGUCCAAAUCAAAUAAAUAACAUGAACAUGGCUGGACCGCCAAUGAAUAACAUGUCUAAUAUGAGUAUUAGUCAUCAUAGUCAAAUGAGUCAUAUGGGUGGUCCAAUGGGUACAAUGUCUAGUAAUAUAGGCGGUGGUCCACCAAUGGGUCAUCCCAUCAACAUGGGAGGUUCCAUGCCACCUCAUGGUUUUCAGGGUCCGCCAGGAAUGGGACCAAAACCAAUGCCAGUUUCUGCAGGAAAGAUAUAUCCUCCAGAUCAGCCAAUGGUGUUUAAUCCACAAAAUCCUAAUGCUCCACCCAUUUAUCCUUGUGGAGUAUGUCACAAAGAAGUGCAUGAUAAUGAUCAAGCGAUUCUUUGUGAAUCAGGUUGUAAUUUUUGGUUUCACAGGGGAUGCACAGGAUUGUCGGAAACUGCCUAUCAAUUAUUAACGGCAGAAGUUUAUGCCGAAUGGGUGUGUGAUAAGUGCUUGCAAUCGAAAAAUAUACCUUUGGUUAAAUUUAAACCAUAACACUUCUUGACUCGUCGUAUAUGCGACACACGAGUGACUCUUUGUUAGCGUCUACACCUUGUACACGCACACAUGCGCGUGUAAUUGCACACACAUAAACAUAUACGGCAUACACUAAUGCACGAGCGAAAUCGUGUAUACAAUAUAAACAUGCGCUGUUUGUUAAUAUCUUAGCUUUAACUUGUUGAAAUAUUAGGGUAUCACUAUGAGUCGUAUUGGUGAAUGAGAUAACAGGAACGACAUAUGUUUGUUCAAAAGUUACAUUGCUAAGUCUGUCCGCAGACAAGUGGAUUCAUCAGUUUAGAAAGUUAUUUAUCUUUUAAUUUCUCAUAUUAUUGAUUCGUUUUCGAUCGUCAGAUAUAUACGAAAAUCUGAGUUCAGAAGACAUACAAAUUUUAAAAAUAAUGUAAGUAUUAAAAAUUGUACAAUCAUCGCUGAACUUAAUUUGCUUUGUUAUUUCUAAUUGCAUUUAAUACAAAAUUUAAAAAAUAAUUAUACGAU